CUUUAAGAGCCUACUUGUUGCAUACUCUCCAAAAUACACUGUAACAAAAUGGUUAUCAAAGUGUUUCUCGCCUCUUCAUCGGGAUCCACAGCGAUCAAGAAGAAGCAGCAAGAUGUGGUCGGCUUCUUGGAGGCUCUUAAAGUGGACUACACUCAGCUGGACAUCGCCUGUAGUGAGGACAACCGCAUGUGGAUGAGGCAGAACGUCCCUGAGGAGAAGAAGCCCACCAACGGCAUCCCCCUGCCCCCACAGAUCUUCAACGAAGAGAGCUACUGUGGAGACUAUGAAACAUUCUUCGAUGCUAAGGAAGACAACGCUGUUUAUUCCUUCCUGGGGCUGCCCCCUCCUCCUGGGUCAAAGGAAGCACAACAGGCUGACAUGGCAAACAUUGUGGAGAACGGGACCCAUACUGAGGAAGCUAAUGCAGAAGAAAACGUUGAUGAAUCCACAGAGGCCCACGCAGAGGAGGAAGAAGAACAGGAGGAAGAGGAUUUGCAGUCAGAGGAAGAAGAAGAGCUACGAAAGCUUGAGGAAGAAGAAGAGGCUGAAGUGCAAGAGGAGGAAGCAGCAGCUGAGUAGUUAACGCCAGGCGACGUUGAUGUCAGCUUAUUACCAUCCAGGAGCCUCCCGUGCCGUCUCCUCCUGACCCCUGACGCUUGACCCCCUCAGACCCCUCACUCUUCCCCACGGCCACACUGGACCCCACUGGAAAUUGCUGGUCAUGUGCUUGAAGACGCCGCCAAAUCUGUGUCCUAACCCGCAUUUGCUGCCCCUUCCCUCUCCCUUUUGACUGCAAUUAUGACUUAAUUUUUAUAUUUUGCGUGUUGAGACAUGCUUUAGGACAAAUGAAUAUGUUAAACUCAAACAUAUUUUUCAUGUUUUACUUUUAGAAAUUCUAGUUUUGUAACACAAAGAGGCAGCAAAGUUGUCAAAACGCAAACUUGGCUUAGCUCGUAGUCUCUCUGUCAGUGUCCAAGUUUCAUAACUCACUUUGUAGUGAGUGAAUUAUUCUGUUUUUUUGUGUCAGUUUUACCAAUGUUGUGCCUUGAUGAGUACAAAACAUCCCUAUAGCAACUGAAUUUGUAAAUGUAAACUAAGACAUCUAAUGGCUACAUGAGAAAGAAAUAUGCACACAGACUGUAAGACUGUAAACUACUCCACCACCACGACAACGAUGUCUGCCAAUGCUGCUGUCUAACCAAUGCACUUUGUUGAAUGAAGAGUAAACAUGUGAUUAGGUAUUGGAUGCAAUGGAAAAUGCAAUAAAGAGAACUCGUAAAAAAAACUAAAAAAACACUAA